CAGCGUACCUUCCGUUACCAUUCCCAUUUCUGGAAGGACAAAGAGACCUAUGAAGAGGCUGCUGGCAAGAAUGGCUUCGACUUACAAGAAACAAAGCUACCAACUUACUGGAAAACACCCUUCUCCAAGAUCUGCUUCGGUAUGAAGAUUGGCCAACAUCUCAGGUUCAUCUUCAUCAACAAGACAGCCGAAUCUUUGUAUUCAUUGAUCGCUGACGGGAAAUACCGCGUCACUUCACUGGGUAGAGUCACGUGGAAGAAGGUUGUCGGUUCGCAAGCCUCCUUGCAGCAAAACUGCAACAAGGAAGGGUUCAAUGUUAAAGGUGGUAACUCAAAAGCAAGAAUCGGCGUCAUUGCUAACCAGGAAAAUGACUGCUUCACUUGCGAUUCUAGAAUCGGGUUUGGUACAGGAGGAGAUAAUUCGUGCGGAAAUGUAGCAACACACAAGCCUGAUAACGGAGACAAGCACAUCAGAGCCAUGGGGUACAUCUUGGUGCACUGA